AUUGUUCAAAACAUUUUAUCUUUGUUUAGGCUGAGAUAAAGGUGCUACUAACAGUAGUAUGAUAAAAACUAUAGUAAAAACUUCGUAGUUUUUACUAAAAGCCUACCUAAUAUUUAAGAAAUAUGCUCAUGUGUAUCGAAGGCCGGAUUUUUCAGUGUUGGUAUCUAAAACCUUCCCCGGACAAAGUCCUUUAUCAGUAAUGGUAUAGCCAUCUGUUGGUAUUGGCCUCACAGUAUAAAUCUUUGUUAACAUUUCAAUGUCAUGUAAAGCUUGAAGAUGUACAAGCAUACAAUCACUGGUACAAGUAGAAAAACACGAGCGACAUCCAUUAUAUAAGUGCAUGCCUCAUGCAUCAGUUGUUCAAGUACUACCAUCAGAGAGGACAACUAGCUAUAUAGCUAUUGCUCGCAAGGAAAAAGAUGGCUAUAGCAGGAAAGAUAUCACGUGAAGUUGAAAUCAAAUGUCAUCGUCACCUGGUCUUUGAACUCUACAAGCACAGGCCACACGACUCGUCACUCGUCCACCCUGAGAAGGUUGAAGCUUGCCAUUUAAUUUCUGGUCAAUGGGGUGUUCCAGGAGCUGUCCUUCAGUGGCACUACUACCAUGAUGGAAAAAAGGAAACUGCGAAAGAAAUCAUUGAAGAAGUUGAUGAUGAAUUGCACAAAAUUGUUUUCAAAGUGAUUGAAGGAGAUAUCUUGGAGGUGUAUAAUUCCUUUAGCUUCAUCCUUACGACCAAAGAUGUUGGCGAUAAGAAGUUUGUUAUCUGGACUAUAGAGUUCGAGAAGGCGAAUGCAAGCAUACCAGAUCCAACAUCGUAUCUGGACUUGGUUUGUGGAAUAGCUGGAAAAAUGGAUUCUCAUUUUCUCAAACUUAAGCACCACCACCACCACUUGACUGCACAAACACCAUCGGAAUGCACAACCGCCACUGAAAUCUCCACAACCAUCACCGGAAUGCACAACCAAACACCACUUGUUCCCCUGAAAAAUAACCACAAAACCACCACCUCCUUCACCAUCGCCACCCUCCUGAGGCGGCUAAGGUUUGGUGUAACGAUGGACCACCCACAUUUUCUGGUGCAACGGCCUCAAAUACUCCCUUCUUCAUUCCCCUCCAAUAGUGAAACCUUAUUCUAUCUUCUCAGUUCGAUCGACAACCACAGAUCGAGAAUCAGAAACCAGAUCUGUUACCCUAUCGUCGGGAAUGAGGAUGAUGAUGUAGAUAAAGAUGAAGGGUGUUGGGAGUUCGUUCUAUCUUCUCAGUUCGUUCUUCUUUUUCUGUUCAAUGAGGAUGAUGAUGCAGAAGAAGGGUGUUGGCAGGAGUGCAUUUGA